AUGAGACGCCCAUCCGGUCGACCAAGAAAGAAAAAACAGUGUCUUGAGCGUGAAAAGCCAUCACCUGGCCAGCACAGUGUCGAUGCUCUCAUUUCCCGGCUCAUUAAAACUCCUGCGAGCGUUAUCAAUUGGAGCGUGCUCAGCACAUGGCCAACUAAAAACCGGGAUGGCGAAAUCGAAGAUCGAGACUUUGUGGGGGUAGUGGACCCUCCCUUUAUGAAAGGUGGGGCUCGCUAUUGGGACGUUUACUACGAGAAACGCAGUGAAACGGUGACCAUGGUAGCCGAGGAGCUCGCCAAUGCGAUAAACUACGCACAUCGGAUGGGGCAUCACAUUGUUCCGCCCGGGAAUUAA